GGAGUGAGUAGUAUAAUUAUAACUUUAAGUGUGUGGGUUGAGAAAAUUAAUUAAUAAUCAAAUUAAUAGGUGUCUGUAUUGAGAAAAAAUGUACCCUAAGCUAAUUAGGUGGGUGGAAAUAGAAUUUUCCAAAAAAUACUCCAUAAAAAUGAAGUGUAUGUUGUGACGUGAAUUGUGUUAUGCAUUUCUAUAAAAAUGAAGUGGAGCCUAUGUAAUUUGAGGGUUGUUUUCCCAGUUUACAUGUGGGAUAAAAAGUCCAGUUGUCUGAAAAUUAUAGCAGAUAAUGGUCAAGAGUACGGAAAGAAAAACCCAAUUCGUGUUCUUUAUCAUGGUUACGGACACUAUGAUGUGUUGCAGAGCCCUUCAGAUGAUCCAUAUUUGAAGUUGGAAGAUCUGGACCUUUCUUUUAUUAAUGUUUCACAUAAUACAUUACAACGAUCUGUAGUCAGUCUUAUAAUCAGCCUCGUAUUCUCUUAUAGUAUCAACAACUUGCACAGUAGGCUGUCAACCAGCAGGUAAUGUAAUGCAAUGGAGAGUAAGCCUAAAUACUCACUUGCUUGUCACCAUCGUUGUUUCCUCCAGCUUGUCGGUUCUGAAAGUUUCUGCUGCAAUCAAUGUCCUCAAUCACCAGAAUCGAUCGAUUUGCAGUAGAGACUAGAAGGUUCCUAAGAUCUGAAUUGCACCGGAGCCUUGUGAGCUCCACAUCGUAGAU